CAUUGUACAUAUGGCCAAGUCAAGGAAUCGAGUGGGGAAUAGUGCUAAUACUCUAGAUAUAUACUUAGUUUAUUCUGAGUUUGCUGAUAAGAAAUAUAAUCAGUUUGGGUAGUUGUACGUCUUGGGCUAGAAGCAAAAUGCUGCAGGUGAGAUCUAAUAGUUUGAAAUUAUUUAUUGAGUUUUUUCAAUAUACUUCAUUGUGUUUGCAGCAAAGAUAUUAGUGGGAGACAUAGCAGGGCAAGGUAGCAGAAACUGAGUUAACUAGUUGCUUUAAAUGCCACUUGUGGGAAAUUAAUGUAAUAAGGUUCUUACUAAUGUAUGAAACUGUCAAUUUAGUGUUUCAUGGUAUGUAGCAGGUUUUAUUGUGCCCAGGUGUUUGAGUUUUCCCAGCUGUGCUUAUUAGACUGAGAAGACAAUGCCUGUGCAUACAAACUUUGCCUUGUCACUGCAUUACAGUCUUACAAAAGAAAAUGAAAUUCUAGGUUAAUUCAGGGCUCAAAAUAGCGUUUCUCUUGCAAUAUGCAUUACUGUUUCCUUGCCACUUUCUUCUCUCCCUCUUCUACAUGGAAUAUUCCAUUCAUUACUGCCUAAGAAAUCAGUUAUUUUGCAGUCUGCAAAUGCUGAAAUGACGUUAGGGGAGAAAUACUUGCUUGCAACCAAAACUAUUUUUGAACAGACAUUUCAUUUUAGAAAUUGUAACCGGCUAAGAAAAGCUGAAUUGAGGGUGUGUUUUUUUUUUUUUUUUGGCUGUAAAAUAAUUUUGUAUUGCAUUGCAUCAAAUGAUUCCCUGUGAUGCUCAUGUAUUAGGUAAUCCUGAAAGAGGAGUAUAUGAAAUAGAAUAUGAGGAGGUACUUAACUGGUAUGGAAUAGGAUUUGACAUCUUUUAUAGGAUAUUUUCAAGGGUAAAUUUAAGUUUUUCAGCUGUAGAUAAUCAAAAUAGGCUAAGAAUCUUUCAUGAAACUUACAGCAUUUGUAUUUGAGCCUGCUGCUUUUUCUCCACGGUGUUUCUACCUCUGAAUGAAUUCGAAGGGAACCCUGACAUGCAUUCUACUGUUUUGACUAUUAAAUAAGCGUGCUCUUUCUCCUUCUGUUGAGAUGGUGUUUAGCUGUGAUUGAACAUAAACCUUUUAAAUGUUUGGAAAGAGACCUGCUAUGCUGAAACGAUGGAUUGCUUAUGCAUUGUAACAACAAAGAAAUACCGCUACCAGGAUGAAGAUACACCUCCACAGGAGCACAGCUCUCCACACAUUACCAAUGAGGUGACGGGUCCAGAGCUGGUUCAUGUAUCAGAGAAGAAUCUGUCACAGAUUGAGAAUGUCCAUGGGUUUGUUUCCCAUUCUCAUAUUUCACCAGUAAAGCCCACAGAAGCUGUUCCUUCCUCUUCUCCCAUUGUCCCUGUGAUCCCUGUCCCACCAGUCCCUGCUGAGACCACUGUCAUCCCAUCCACCAUACCACAGGCAAACCCUCCUCCCGUGCUGGUGAAUACAGAUUCUUUGGAGACACCAACAUAUGUCAAUGGCACAGAUGCAGAUUAUGAGUAUGAAGAAAUCACUCUUGAAAGGGGAAAUUCAGGACUUGGCUUUAGCAUUGCAGGUGGUACAGACAACCCACAUAUUGGGGAUGAUUCAAGUAUUUUUAUUACAAAAAUUAUAGCCGGGGGUGCAGCUGCACAGGAUGGAAGAUUACGGGUUAACGAUUGUAUUCUACGAGUAAAUGAGGUGGAUGUUCGUGAUGUGACACACAGUAAAGCAGUUGAAGCAUUGAAAGAAGCGGGAUCAAUUGUACGAUUGUAUGUCAAAAGAAGAAAACCAGUCACAGAAAAAAUAGUGGAAAUCAAACUUGUAAAAGGGCCUAAAGCAGGUCUUGGUUUCAGUAUUGCCGGUGGUGUGGGAAAUCAGCAUAUACCUGGAGACAACAGCAUCUAUGUAACCAAAAUCAUUGAAGGCGGGGCAGCACAUAAAGAUGGGAAGCUUCAGAUUGGAGACAAACUUUUAGCUGUGAACAGUGUUUGCUUAGAAGAAGUUACACAUGAAGAAGCAGUGACUGCCUUAAAAAACACUUCUGACUUUGUUUAUCUGAAAGUUGCAAAACCCACCAGCAUGUUCAUGAAUGACAGUUAUGCCCCUCCUGACAUCACGAACUCUUAUUCUCAGCCAGUGGACAACCAUAUCACUCCAUCUGCCUACUUGGGACAGGCUCUGCCUCCAGCAUCACCAGGGCGAUACUCACCAAUUCCCAAGGGAAUGCUUGGAGAUGAUGAGAUUACCAGGGAGCCUAGAAAGGUUGUCCUCCAUCGAGGAUCAACAGGUCUUGGUUUCAACAUUGUUGGAGGAGAAGAUGGAGAAGGAAUUUUCAUCUCUUUCAUCCUUGCAGGAGGGCCAGCUGACCUGAGUGGAGAGCUUAGGAAAGGAGAUCGUAUAAUUUCUGUAAAUGGAGUAGAUCUAAAAGCAGCAACACAUGAACAGGCAGCAGCAGCCCUCAAGAAUGCAGGCCAAGCAGUAACAAUUGUAGCUCAGUACCGUCCAGAAGAAUACAGUCGUUUUGAAGCUAAAAUACAUGAUUUACGGGAACAGAUGAUGAACAGUAGCAUUAGUUCAGGAUCAGGAUCUUUGCGAACCAGCCAGAAGAGAUCCCUCUAUGUCAGAGCUCUUUUUGAUUAUGACAAGACUAAAGACAGCGGUCUUCCCAGUCAAGGACUGAAUUUCAAAUUUGGCGAUAUUCUCCAUGUCAUUAAUGCUUCUGAUGAUGAAUGGUGGCAAGCACGGCAGGUAACUCCGGAUGGAGAAAGUGAUGAGAUUGGAGUUAUCCCUAGCAAACGCAGGGUUGAGAAAAAAGAACGCGCCCGUUUAAAGACAGUGAAAUUCAAUUCCAAAACAAGAGGAGAUAAAGGGCAGUCAUUCAAUGACAAGCGUAAAAAGAACCUCUUUUCCCGAAAAUUUCCCUUCUACAAGAACAAGGACCAGAGUGAGCAGGAAACCAGUGAUAUUGACCAGCAUGUAACCUCUAAUGCCAGCGAUAGUGAAAGUAGUUACCGUGGCCAGGAGGAAUAUGUCUUGUCAUAUGAACCAGUCAAUCAACAAGAAGUCAGUUACACUCGACCUGUGAUCGUUUUGGGACCCAUGAAAGACAGAAUAAAUGAUGAUCUGAUCUCAGAAUUUCCAGACAAAUUUGGCUCAUGUGUUCCACAUACUACUAGACCAAAGCGAGAUUAUGAGGUGGAUGGACGUGAUUACCAUUUUGUCACUUCUCGAGAGCAAAUGGAGAAGGAUAUUCAGGAUCACAAAUUUAUUGAAGCUGGCCAGUACAAUAAUCAUCUUUAUGGAACAAGCGUCCAAUCAGUGCGAGAAGUAGCAGAAAAGGGUAAACAUUGCAUUCUUGAUGUUUCUGGUAAUGCGAUCAAAAGGUUGCAGAUUGCUCAGCUAUACCCAAUCUCCAUUUUUAUUAAACCCAAAACAGUGGAAAAUAUCAUGGAAAUGAAUAAACGCUUAACGGAAGAGCAAGCCAGGAAGACAUUUGAGCGAGCCAUGAAACUGGAGCAAGAAUUUACUGAACACUUCACAGCUAUUGUCCAAGGAGACACACUGGAAGAAAUCUACAACCAAGUGAAACAGAACAUAGAGGAACAGUCUGGGCCUUACAUCUGGGUUCCAGCAAAGGAAAAAUUAUGAAAACAGAUUUUUAUUUUCCAUUUUCUAACUGACAUCACCUACUACAUCUGACAACUCUUAAGCCCUUCCAGUGGAGCCUGCCUCUAGUUCUUUCCAGCGUGGUUCAUACCCUAACCAUCACAUUCUGCAGUUCCCAUAAUGCUUUACAUUUGGUGUCUCUCUUAGUUUAAAUAAUUUGUAUUAUUGUGCUCUGUUGGUUUGCCAUUUUUCAAACAUGACAAUGGAAUGGCCUGACCAGCUAUUAGUUUGGGGUGGGGGUGGGAGGGAAUUGCUUGGUAAAAUUCCUUAAUGUUUAAGGGAAAGUAACUUUCAAAGAUUUUUCAAAAAAGCUUUAUAGACAUUCUUUUAAAAUUUCAUAACAAUUGAAGGAAAAGUUGUAUUCAAGGAAGUUGUAAAUCAUUAGUAACUUUGCACGCUUAACUUUAAUAGCAUGGUUUGGUCAGGGCAAUCAAUUUCAGGUUUUAUUUUCUGAGUUUAAAAAUUCUAUUCUCACAGUAAUAUUUUUUUUUUCCAGGCAGUUAGAGAGAAACUUUCAAAUUUUGAGUUAACAUUUUCAUUAAGUCACUCAAGGGAUAUUCAUUUUCAUAAUUUCAUAUGGAUAUUCUUAAAAUCUAUUUUUUCAUUUUUUGCCAGUAAAAUUGCUAGGGACAAAGAUGUGUAAUGUUUUUAAUCUUCCUUGUGAAACACUAUUUAAAGUGUCUUACAGAAAUUGUUUAUAGGUAAUGGUCAUCACACUUUUUCAGCCUAAAAUAUGUUUAGGUGCUAGGAAACCUUGUAUUUUUCAGAGGACUGCCAAAUUUCCAUUGGCAGUAAUACAGAAAACAGCUGCAGAGAUGGUCAUUAGGGCAAUGAGAGAAUGAUUCAUAGCUUAAAAAUGUGUGUGUUCUUAGGGGUCAGAUUUUAAUGAAUAUUUUACCCACAAUAACUGCCUAUUUUGUUAUAAUAAAUAUAUAUAUAUUAAACUUUCUUUAACUAAACUCUGUAACUAUGGGAAUUAUUUUCUUUACAUAGUUGCGCACACGUAUAAAUAUAUAUAUAUAAAAUAUAUAUUUUUCUUUUACCACCUACUCCUAGCUUUUUGUUUUGAAUAAAAUUACAAAGUAGAAUUUACCUUCCUUAAUUAUGAUAAAUCAAACAGGCUCUGGUGGCUGGGCAUAAAGCCCAGGGAGUAUUAGUUAAAAGAAAAAAAUACAUGCAAGUUCUCCUCUUUUCUACGGAAUUUCAGGUGUUUGUGUUCACCACCCCUCACAGCUCCCCCCUAACAUGCAUGUCUUAACCAAAGGGAGAAUUUGGAGUCAACAGUACUUUUUAUUUUUCUGUACAUGUUCAUCUCUGAUUGCACAGGCACAAGAUCCUCCUUUUACAAUGCACAAGCUUCUGUGCCGAAUGUCAUAAAUACGUUGUACCAAAACACAGAAUACCCUCUGUAAUGAAAUUCUCUAAUUCCCUUCUUAUUUGGUACCUGCCAUUGCUUGUUUGCAGCUGAUGGUUUACAAGAGGGAUGUACUUAUGGCAGUCAUGGGGCAGUCACACAACCAAAUCAGCUUUGGUUUGUAACGAAUUAUCAACACUUAUCCAUUCCAUUUGUUAGAAAGAGGAGAACAGCUAAUAAACUUUAUUGUACAAUA